AUCAUCCCCCAGCACUACCGCCGGCACUCUCACACCAGCAGGACGGUUUACACAGCAGGACGGUGACCUCGGCUGUCUGACUAGGGUUAGGGUUACAGUUUCACCGCCCAGCACUUGCUAUUUUCGCCUGCUGAUACGUUCACGCUGUGCUUAUUUUGUGCUUCAUGCGAAACAGGAAAACGGUAUCAAGGCGGUGCUGUUCCCAAGAUCCGACUAGCUAUCGGGUUGCGGAUGAUGGCCGGCGCUUCGUAUCUUGAUGUCGUCGUGCUGUUCGGCGAGUCCAAGGAGACGGUCUUCAGCAUCUUGUGGCAGGUGGUGGAUGCCAUCAACAGCACAGCAGAGGUCGGGCCGUUCUUUUUUCCGCAGAGCGAGGAUGAGUGCCCGGCAGGCGGCAGAAUGGGAGGUGCGGACAUGAUACACUAGUUUACAGCAGCGGGGUAGAUUGCAUGUUUGCGUUCCAGGUAGGUAGGUGAUUAUGAUGCUGUGAACGAACACAUGACCGUGUUUGGUGGCGGUUUAGUUUCAACAUUACUUCGAAUAUAGAUUACAGUAUGCGAACAGACUUGCGUGCGAACAUGGCCAAGAACAGGCAGGGCGGCGAAAACGGACAGAAAGGUGUUGUGCUGUGGUAUGCUUUCCGGGUCUGGUGUCGGAAGUGCAGUCAACUUCACCUCUUUCGCGGCUACAAUAUAGGCCUCCUAACAUGUAUGGUACAUAAGCAAGGCACCAAUGCUGCAGAGUCUGCCCCAACACAAAUGACGCGGAUUGCAUUGAUGCAUGCAUGUCGAUCCUCCGCUGGGCAAAAUAUCCUGCUUGUCUCGACGCACUGAGUAAGGAGCGAGCGGGAAGCACUUGUGACAGCACCGGGAAACCUCUAUAUCUUGUGUCCACGUUUCGGCUUGAUGCAUGGUGAAAUGAGCUCCAGUCUACAGGGAAUAUAGGCACAAACAGUCGCACUUUAUUGAUUGGCAUGUCUAGGAGAGGGCUCGGCUUUAAUUGCUCGCACAUCCCUGUACGUUUUUUCUGGGGCAGUCGAUUGGCUUGCCGCUGCCUGACAAUCUAACUUGAACGAAUCUAAGAGCGCCUCUGUUGUGUCCCUCCCCGAGUGCCAUGUCUGUCCUCAGGAAAAAAGCACGGGCGGCGCCUUUCAAGGUGUGGUAGCUGCGGGGGAUGGCCUCUUCGUGAAGACUCUUGCUCCGACUGCCCUCAAUACUCCGAACGUUCUCUCGUGUUAUUCUGGGAGCAAGUGCGGCUACGGGAUGAACGUACAGGCGAUGCCAACUACGGGUUGUGCAGCAUGUCUUGCAUUGCACCCGGCUCGACCAAUGACUGGACGGCAUGGAACCAUUCGGAUCUAUCCACAGCGGUGAAAAACCUGCCGCCAGGCUUCUACAUGCUCGGAGACGCGGCUUACCCCCUAAGCGACCACCUGUUGACUCCGUACCCAGGGAGGGGACUGCCGCUAGACAAAGACGCGUUCAACUUCUAUCUGAGCCAACUCAGAGCCAGGAUCGAGCAAGCGUUCGGCAUUCUCGUCGGCCAGUGGGGCAUCCUGUGGGAGCCGUUGCGUGUUCAGUUCGCUGGGCGCUGCGACCUCAUCACGGCGCUCUUCCGCCUCCACAACUCUCUCCGGGACGACAAGGUCACACCAAUCCACCGGUCGGAAGAAGACGCGGAGGUGGUCCAGCUACGCCCCCACCUACUCGGCGACAAGACUGCCAGGAGCUUUCAGCACGAGCACCACGGACGCGCAGAAACCGACCAGGUCAGGCGAAGUCUCCACGCGCAAGGGGAUCACGAUGAUGCUGGACAACAAGCGCCAGUACCGCCCAAAGCACAAUUCGGUGCGCAACGCAGCGAGGAAGACGUUAGGGAUCGAACGCGGGCGGGCUGCGGU